AUGGUGGAGAAGCGGGCGGCGAGCAAUGGCAACGCUAGCGGCGGGGAGGCGAAUAAGGAGAGGAAGGGGUUGUGGUCGCCGGAGGAGGACGAACGGCUCUACACCCGGAUCACGCGGCACGGCGUGUCAACCUGGAGCUCCGUGGCGCAGCUCGCCGGGCUGCGGCGGAGCGGCAAGAGCUGCCGUCUGCGGUGGAUGAACUACCUCCGGCCGGACCUGAAGAAGGAGCCCAUCUCCAAGCGCGAGGAGGAGACCAUCAUCUCCCUCCAGAAAUCCCUUGGCAACAGGUGGUCAGUGAUCGCCGCGAGGAUGCCUGGGAGGACGGACAACGAGAUCAAGAACUACUGGAACUCCCGCAUUAGGAAGCGCCAGCAAAACACCAGCGCCGGCGGGGAGGACGGCGGCAGCUGCGUGAAGCGGGGUGACCUCCCAGCUGCCGAUGCCAAGUCAUUCGAGCUAGCACAGGCCGAAGACAAAAAGCCGUUUAGCAGCGGGGGCGCCACGGCGGUGGCGCCUCCUGUCCCUGCACGGUUCCCGUUAUUCGCGUGCCAGCUACUCGGUAGCGGCGGCGGAGGGGGCGACGCCAUUGCAGCCGCAGGCACCACUCAGUCGACAACCACCCACGAGAACGGCGCCAGCUCAGAGAGCGAGGUGAGCGUCGGCGGCAAGGACGCUGCGGAGGACCACUAUUUCUACAGCGCCGGCGACGGCGCCGACAUGGACAUGGUCCAUCUCCUGGGGUUCGAUGAUCUUCUCGAUUACCAGGCCGGCGACCUGCUCAUGGACGGGUGGGACCACAGCGAGUUCUACUGCACGAAUUCCGGGAGCUCGGCCGAUUGA